UUGGUUCCCAUCGGCGGCGGAGUGGGCGGGGCUUGGCUUCUGUUUUGUCCUCGUUCGUGUUCUGAGGGGAUAACGGCCGCCGCUUUCCUGAUGGGAGUGGAACAAGGCUGGGUCGACAGACUUGUUGGGUGAAGUGGUGAAGUGACCCGGUUUGUGCUUCAGAGCGUUCGCAUCCUGCACUGGCUUCCGUUGGCCCGGCCUCCUCGCGUCCCUUCGGGCUGCCCUUUCUACCCAUGUUGCACCGCAGUAUUGAUGGUUGAGCUAAGAUGGCGGUUCAGGAAUCUGCUGCUCAACUAUCGAUGGCAUUAAAGGUCCAGGAGUAUCCCACCUUAAAGGUACCUUAUGAAACCUUAAAUAAGCGUUUCCGAGCUGCCCAGAAGAAUAUUGACCGAGAAACUAGUCAUGUGACCAUGGUAGUUGCAGAACUGGAGAAAACAUUGAGCAACUGCCCAGCAGUGGAUUCUGUCGUGACCUUGUUAGAUGGGGUGGUUGAGAAACUCAGCGCUUUGAAGAGAAAGGCAGUUGAGUCAAUCCAAGCUGAAGAUGAGAGUGCAAAGCUGUGCAAACGUAGAAUUGAACACUUGAAAGAACAUAGCAGUGACCAGGCGGCAGCGGUUAAUAUGUGGAAGAAAAAACGCAUGGACCGUAUGAUGGUGGAGCACUUGCUGCGGUGUGGCUAUUACAACACUGCUGUUAAACUGACCAAACAGAGUGGAAUUGAGGACUUGGUGAAUAUUGACAUGUUUCUUACAGCCAAAGAGGUUGAAGAGUCACUCGAAAGGCAAGAGACAGCUACUUGUUUAGCCUGGUGCCAUGACAACAAAUCAAGGCUGAGGAAGAUGAAGAGUUGCCUGGAGUUCAGUCUGAGGAUUCAGGAGUUCAUUGAACUUGUCCGACAAAACAAGAGGCUGGAAGCUGUCAGGCAUGCACGGAGACACUUCAGUCAAGCAGAAGGAGGACAACUGGAUGAGGUGCGACAAGUGAUGGGUAUGCUGGCUUUUCCCUCAGAUACUCACAUUUCACCAUAUAAGGAUCUUUUGGAUCCAGCCCGAUGGAAGAUGCUCAUUCAACAGUUCAGAUAUGAUAACUACAGACUUCAUCAACUUGGAAAUAGUUCUGUCUUCACUAUAACACUGCAAGCAGGACUAUCGGCUAUAAAGACACCACAAUGUUAUAAAGAAGAUGGCACCUCUAAAAAUCCAGACUGCCCUGUCUGUAGCAAAUCUUUGAACAAGCUUGCACAGCCUCUACCUAUGGCACAUUGUGCUAACUCACGAUUGGUCUGCAAGAUUUCUGGUGAAGUUAUGAAUGAAAAUAAUCCACCCAUGAUGCUGCCUAAUGGAUACGUAUACGGAUACAAUUCACUACUUUCUAUUCGUCAAGAUGACAAAAUUAUCUGCCCAAGGACCAAAGAAGUCUACAACUUCUCUCAAGCUGAAAAAGUAUACAUUAUGUAGAAGUGUGGAAAAGAGCAAGGCCAGAAUUUGAACCACGGGCUAUCAGUUGGCUUGGCCUGUUGACUGCUGGGUAUUGCUUGAUUACCUGUGGAAAUGCACCUUUUCUUGGUGGAUGUCUGUCUCUUGUGAUCAAAAUUCCAAAUGGAACAAGAAAUACACAAUGUUGUAUGAUGACAGGAGGGUGAGGAAAGGAAGAAGAGUUUGUACUAAAAAGGUGAAAUAAAACAAUUGAGGCUCUGACAUGGGUUUUGUAAUGGUUUACAUUACCUGAAGAAUUUUGACAGUUUUCAAAUGUACUUCAUUCGUAAAUUUAAAUUUAGUAACUCUCAUUAGUGUUGUGCUUGGGGGGGAGGGUACAAUAUUGAACUUGUUUGGCUGCCUUAUUUCAGGCCUUCAGAACUUGCAUAACUUGCACAACUGCAGUUAGUGUUUACGGGCCAUAGUGUUUUAGAGUAGUACAUUUCAGUUUAACCGGAUCAGCUGUAAAACAAAACACUUAACGUAUUUUGAGUAAUUGUGAUUAUGUUCCAAGAUUCAAAGUUGCAAAUUCCAGAAAGCUUACAUUUUAGCUCUAUUUAUGCAUGCAGACACUGCUAGAUUGUAGACUUAAAAUUAUAAGGUUGGAAGCAAUUGCGAAUUAAAAAGAAUCAAAUAAAACCUG